AUGAACCGCCAAUUCACCUGCAAGUCUGGAGCUGCUGCCAAGGGAGGCUUCAGUGGCUGCUCUGCAGUACUGUCUGGGGGCAGCUCAUCCUACUGGGUGGGGGGCAAAGGGCUGAGUGGGGGCUUCAGCAGUCGGAGCCUUUACAACCUGGGCAACACCAGGAGUAUCCCCUUCAACAUGGCUGGUGGCGGUGGGCGGACAGUGGGUUAUGGGUUUGGCCAAGGCCGGGCCAGUGGUUUUGCAGGAAGUCUGUUUGGCAGUGUGGCCCUGGGGCCUAUGUGCUCCACUGUGUGCCCUCCAGGGGGCAUCCAUCAGGUCACCAUCAAUAAGAGCCUUUUGGCCCCCCUCAAUGUGGAGCUGGACCCCGAGAUCCAGAAAGUGCGUGCUCAGGAGCGGGAACAGAUCAAGGCGCUGAACAACAAGUUCGCCUCCUUCAUCGACAAGGUACGGUUCCUGGAGCAGCAGAACCAGGUGCUAGAAACCAAGUGGGAGCUGCUGCAGCAACUGGACCUGAACAACUGCAAGAACAACCUGGAGCCCAUCCUAGAGGGCUAUAUCAGCAACCUGCAGAAGAAGCUGGAGACUCUGUCUGGGGACAGGGUGAGGCUGGACUCGGAGCUGAGGAACAUGCGGGAUGUGGUGGAGGACAACAAGAAGAGGUACGAGGAGGAAAUAAACAAGCGUGCAACAGCUGAGAAUGAAUUUGUGGUGCUCAAGAAGGAUGUGGAUGCUGCUUACAUGAAUAAGGUGGAGUUGCAGGCCAAGGUGGAUGCCCUAGAUGGAGAAAUCAAGUUCUUCAAGUGCCUGUAUGAGGGGGAGAUUGCCCAGAUCCAAUCCCACAUCAGUGACACAUCUGUCAUCCUGUCCAUGGACAACAAUCGUAACCUGGACCUGGAUAGCAUCAUUGCUGAAGUUCGCACCCAGUAUGAGGACAUCGCCUUGAAGAGCAAGGCCGAGGCUGAGACCCUGUAUCAGACCAAGUUCCAGGAGCUCCAGCUUGCUGCCGGGAGGCAUGGAGAUGACCUCAAACACACCAAGAAUGAGAUCUCAGAGCUGACCCGCCUCAUCCAAAGGCUGCGCUCAGAGAUUGAGAGUGUGAAGAAGCAGUGCUCCAACCUGGAGACAGCUAUUGCUGAUGCCGAGCAGCGGGGGGACUCUGCUCUGAAGGAUGCGCGGGUCAAGAUGGAUGAGUUGGAAGCUGCCCUAAACCAGGCCAAGGAGGAGCUGGCCCGGAUGCUGCGUGAGUACCAGGAGCUGAUGAGUGUGAAGCUGGCAUUGGACAUUGAGAUCGCCACCUACCGCAAGCUGCUGGAGGGCGAGGAGUGCAGGAUGUCUGGAGAAUACACCAACUCUGUCAGCAUUUCAGUCAUCAGCAGCUCCACGGCCGGGACCACAAGCACAGGGGCCAACUUUGGGUUCAGCGGUGCAGGCUCCUAUGGCUACAGACCCAGCUCUGUUGGUGGGGGCUACAGCAUUCUGUCUGGGGGCUGUGUCACUGGCAGUGGGAACUGCAGCACCCGCGGGGAAGCCAGGACCAGGCUGGGAAGUGCGAGUGAAUUCAAGGACCCCCUGGGGAAGAUGUCAGCUUUGAGCUCACCCACAAAGAAAACCAUGAGAUAA